AUGACCAUAUCAAAUACCUCAACGGUAGAUGAAUUUAUUCUACUGGGAAUUCCUUUCUUCCAUGAGCUACACAGUAUCUUCUUUGUAGUAGGUUUAUGUAUGUACAUUAUAACUAUACUAGGAAAUGGGUUCAUCCCCAUCAUUGUAGUCAUUGAACAAAAGCUUCAGACACCGAUGUACAAAUUCCUGAGCAAUCUUGCUUUUCUGGAGAUCUGCUACUCCACAACAGUUGUCCCUAAGUUACUACAAACACUAAUAAAAGCACAAACCACUAUUUGUUUCUAUUGCUGCAUGACUCAGAAUCUGUUCCAUUUUAUUUUUGGUGGUACAGAGCUUUUAAUCCUCACGGUGAUGUCCUUUGACCGCUAUUUGGCCAUAUGCAAGCCUCUUCAGUACCCCAUGAUUAUGACCAAGAAUGUUUGUAUUCAGAUGUCCUUGGCUACCUGGUAUGGAUCAUUCAUCAUUAUGUUUCUUCAGUGUGCUAUUAUGUGGACGUUGCCUUACUGUAAGUCCAAUAUCAUUGACCACUUCUACUGUGAUUUUGGCCCGUUGUUAAAACUAGCCUGUUCUGACACCAGCGUCAGUCAGUUACUGGGAUUUAUCAGUUCCAUUGUGUUUGUCAUCAUGACCUUGAUCUUCAACACAGUGUCCUACAUCUUCAUCAUUUCCUCUAUCCUUCGGAUACCUUCAGUCAGGGGUCGCAAGAAAGCAUUCUCCACCUGUACAUCUCACCUGAUUGUUGUUUCUAUACUGUAUGGAGCCUUGAUCUUCAUUUAUGUCAGGUCCAAUGUCCUUGCCCAAUCUCGCCUGAGCAGAGUAGUAGCAGUUUUGAACACUGUCCUCAUUCCAAUGCUAAAUCCUUUCAUAUAUACAAUAAGGAAUGCAGACGUGAAAGCUGCUGUCAGGAGUGCUAUCCAUAAAAAGAGUGCGGCCCUCAAAAAAUGA